CUCCGUCACUGACCUGCAUACCCCUCCUGCAAUUCUAUAACGCUUCUGACAUUCAGCUCUUCUGAUAUCUUGUUGACUGCAGAAUCGUCUUCACCAAAAUUCUCCAAGCAGCCAUGGAGGCAGUCCAGACGGGCGACAAGCUCAUGGAGGCAAUCGCCUCGGCGGAUGAGUCCACUCUUCGCGCAGUUCUGCGCGGCCUUUGCGCUAAGCGUGAGGUUGAACAACUCAUCGGCAAGCAUUUUUAUGAACUGAACAAGUUCAGCGCGGCCAAGGGAGGAAGUUCUGGCUCCAAACGGAAAGCGACGUCUCCCGUUCAUAUCUGCGUUGAAUGUGGCCAGGCUUUUGAGGAAGACGACAAUAAGAAGGAAUGCCGCUACCACUUAGAGGAAAUGGAAUUCGACGAGAAUUCAUCCAUAUGGGCUGACUAUGACGAGAAUUGCUUUGGCGUGAUGGAUUCGGAAGAGAACCGUCGUAAUCCUGACACCCUCGGGGGAUUCGUGUAUCCAUGCUGCAACAAACGAGCCGAUGAGGCAGAAGGGUGUAAAUUGGGUUACCACCGGGCCGUUGACGGCAAAAGAGGAAGGUUUGAUUUUGAUGCAUCGGCCGAUGAGAAGGACGAAGGGGAGGAUGACGAAGAGCAAAAGGAGGAUGAGUAAAGCGAUAGCAACCGCAAACAAACGAGGCGAUACCACACAAUCCAGCACUGGUAUGUUUGUUAGUCUUGUACAAAAAAGCUAAGGCUUUACUAGGUGUAUAAGAUAUUUUAGCCCUCUAUAAAGAGUUCAGUUAUACAGGCUUAUUAUCCAAUUUUGAAGGCCUUGAAGGAAAUGGAGGGAGGCAUUGGAGGACACCCAUCAGAGGCUUCUGUAGUAGCAUCACAAACCCGUACCUUUAUCC